AUCACUUGGAAGCAUGGUAUAAUAUUCAUGUUUGGUCUUUUAUAGACAAAUCUUUCAAUGAAUUAGAAGGGAUAGAUGUUUCCAGAGGCGAAUUGUAUAGCCUUGCUUCGUCCAAAUGCAAAAAUAUGAAAAGAGUAAUUCAAGGAUUAGCUGAAACAGCAUGA